AUGGCGUCGCCAGCAGCGUCCACUCGGCGCAGCCCCGACUCGUCGUCGGCCGGGUCGCUGAGGCCGUCAAACGACCGGCUGGCCAUCUCCGUCGACACGCUCGUCAACCAUCUGCUGGUGUCCAAGCGGUCGCUGUCGUCCAUGACGCUCGUCCUGCGAGCCGACGAGAUCGUCAGGGCGGCGCGGCAGUCCCACGAGGACACGGUCAUGCUGGCUGCCCAGACGGGCUUUCUGCGCAACGCCAUUGCCGACCAGGUGGUGAUUCUGGGGCGCGUGGGCAAGAGCCUGCAGGCAACGUGCGAGUGGGGGAAGAAGGACUUUGUGCAGCUGGUGAAGAAGAUGGACCAGGUGGACGGCGAGCUGGAGGGAACGAUGAAUAUGCUGAGGACUACGGUGGUGGGGACGGCGCUGCGGCCCAAGGGCGAGGCGAGGAAGAGCUUGUUGGGUUUUGUGGAUGAGGGGAGCGUUCAUGGGAUGCGAGACGCGAUGAAGCAGUGCAUAAAGGAGCUGCAGGGGAUCCAGCUCUCGUUUGACGGCGAUUUGCUCCGACUCGAAACCGACAUUCGAGAUAUCAAGAAGAUUAUUGAUACUGCGCCCACGCCUGCACCACAAGAUACGGUAUCGACGCUGCUGGUGGAAUUGUUUGAGCAUUCUGGGAACAUGGCCGAGUGCCUGGCCUCGUUGACGCAGCACUUCGAUAUGUGUGUCACGGCGAUUCGGACCACUGAAGGAGCGGCAGCCUUGGCCCGCAGGAAAGCUGCUGAGGUGACUCAGUCUCAAGGGGGCGAGAGCGUGUCAAUAUCGGGUGUCAUUGCCGAGCAGGAAUCCAACAGAUCCGAUCUUGAGCCACAGACGGCGGAGGAUCGAGCAGAAAUGCUGAGAGUGGUCAUCCAAGAUGCGAGGCUCGUGGAUGGUGUUGUGCAGGAUAUUCAAGAUCAUCUCGCCCAAGUCGAGCAGAAGAAUGCCGCUCUGGGAGACCAAACGGACCAGACGAAGAGAGCGCACUUGGGCAUGCUUGAUGCAUACACUACGCUGGGAGAAAUCGGGGAUCGCCUGGCCGACUACCUAGCUGCUGAAGAGGACUUCAAAUCCCGGUGGGAGAUGGAAAAGGAGAUUGUGUUUACCAAACUGGAGGAGAUGAAGCAGAUGAGAGAGUUUUACGAAAGAUAUGCCAGCGCUUAUCACGGGCUGCGCUUGGAGGUUGCGCGUCGCCAAGCCGUCGAGGACAAGGUUCAGAACAUCUUGCGCAAGGCCCAGGAGAGCGUUGACAAGAUGCUUGAGACGGACCGAGCAGAACGAGAGAGGUUUCGACAAGACGUAGGAGAAUUCCUGCCUACCGAUUUAUGGGCCGAUAUGCAGGGCCCGGCGAAGAGAUGGAAGAUUGUUGAAGUUGGUGACGACGAGCAGGAGACUGAAGAGGGCUUUGCGGAUGAGAAUCCCAGCAGCAACUAA